GAGCCGCAACGCGGGCACUGCGAUCGGCGGCUCGGCCUGCGACUUUCGCCCACUUUGCCUGCCGCGGGGGCUUCCGGUUCCGGUACAGGCACAGCGCGGGAUCCAAGGCCCGGGGAAUGGCGGGCAGUCGGCUAGAAACCGUGGGGAGCGUUUUCACGCGGACGCGAGACCUGAUUCGGGCUGGGGUGUUGAAGGAGAAACCCCUUUGGUUUGACAUAUAUAACGCCUUCCCUCCGCUGCGGGACCCCGUCUUCCGAAGGCCUCGCUUGCGAUAUGGCAAAGCUAAAUCUCCCACCCAGGACAUCUUUUACCACGAGGAUCAGAUUAGAGCGAAAUUUUAUUCAGCCUAUGGAUCUGGUCCAAAAGCUUUUGAUCUGUUCAACCCAAACUUCAAGUCUACCUGUCAACGGUUCGUGGAGAAGUACAUUGAGCUACAGAAACUUGGAGAAACAGAUGAAGAGAAGUUAUUUGUGAAAGCAGGGAAGGCUUUGUUGGCAGAAGGUGUCAUUUUAAGACGAGUAGAAAAAGCAAGGACUCAACAGGAAGGUAGUCAAGUUUCCCGGAAAUCUGAACCCAUGGGUGUCAAAUCCCAAACUGCGUUGGAGGAGAACCCACCUCUGAAAGAAGUUCCACAGGCCCAGCAUUUGGAGGCACCUGGAGAAGAAUCGAAAGGCCUCUCACCUCCCUGAAGAAUGUGUAUACUGUGUAUACUAACAUCCAAACUGGAUUCACUGCUGGAAUGAACUGUUUUUAACAGUUGAACUUUGUAAAUGUUUCCUGAUCUCUGAGGCAUCGUGUUUGCCUUCUUUGGGUUCCCACUUCUAGGUUGUCAUAAAGCUCUGUAUCAUGGUUUGAAGAAGCAGUUAUGUGAACUUUUAUGUUAUGGUGGUAUUAAAUAAAGAAUUCCUCAGUGCUUAUAAAGUAAAUUUACUUUAAAAUUGUAAAUAGCAUGAGAAAACCUUUAUAUGUAUUGUUUGAAUGGGAUUCACUCUGAGUUGGUUUGCUUGGAGUCUUGUGUUCACAUUUGAUUUCUCUGGUACAUUUCUUUUCUUGGAUCCAUUCGACUUUCACUUGCAUAUCACAUGUGGUUCCCUGGCCAGCUGUUUCUGUCUGUGAAUAUUCUUUGUACUUUUUGCUUGAGAGGCCAGGCUGACUUGUGCUUUGCAGUAAGAGCAAGCAUCUAUCACUGAUAUUGAAGUAAGGUCAAAACUAUAAUCUCAUGAAUUGAGUGCUGGAGACAGCAUAGACCUGUGCAUAGUAGGCUGCUCAGGAAAGAUUUCUUGAAUGAAUGACUGAUCACAUCUAGCUGAAGAAUGAAUUCAGAUGAUGUCUCUGUAGGUAACUGAGCUGCCAAGAGGGAUGACACUCCCCACCCCCAUCCACCUGCCUCCCUGGUAUCCAGCUGUGCUUACGAGUUUUUGCCAACUCCUGCUUUUUCAUUUCCUUUUCUUUUACUGAAUAAAUACUCCUCAGCUAUUAAUGAGCUUCUUCAGAAACUUCUUACUUUCAAACCCAUGGAGUUUUCUCCCCCUGUUCUUUGUGCACGGUGUCUUUGGUCUCCUGGUAGGUUAGGGGCAGGGCCCACAUCCCACAACCAGACAACUUGCACGUGGUGCUCAGGUCAUGGAAGGUCGAUGAGUUCAUGGGGCAAAAGCCAUUCUCAGCUGCAUUACUUCCCCUUCCCCCCAACCUUGUCUUUGUUCUACAAUUCCUCUUGUUUAGGGAAUGCUUUGCAUUUAGAUGGGGAAGUAAAUUAGGUCCAUUCAACAUUGGACAGCCAUUGGGUGCCAAAUACCAGGCCAGGCCCUGGGAGAAGGAUUUCAACAGGUAGAAGAGACUGUUCUGUUCUCAGAGGAACGUUCGGGGCUGACUUGUUACCUUUCUAAACCUUUCUAGGAUUGAUUUAUUUCUUUAUUUUUUAAGUUCAUUAGUACAUUAUUUAUUUGCAACUCUAGAAUUUGUAACAUAAACCUUGUAAUCUCAUAGGCUUAACAGAUUUAUUUAUUUAUUUAUUUAUUGGUUUUUAACAACUUUUUUACAUUUAUUUUUAUUAGUUGGAGGCUAAUUACUUUACAAUAUUGUAGUGGUUUUUGCCAUACAUUGACAUGAAUCAGCCAUGGAUUUACAUGUGUUCCCCACCCCGAUCCCCCCUCCCACCUCCCACCUUUCUAGGAUUUAAAAGGCAGUUUCUUUGUCCUAAUAGUGAAAAUGUUUUAAAAAUUUAUUGGUUGCAUAAUUAAAAUUAUGCCAAUGGUGCAAAAUGCCCAUGGUGAAAAGCCCCACUGUAUCCCCUGGCCCUCCCAUUUUUCCUUUGUAAGGCCACCACUAUCACCUGUUUCUAGAAAUAAUUUUGAAUGUGUACGGGGGGACAUAAUGCAUAAUGUACCUCGUUUUUGUGAGGCUGCCAGGGUUAAUACCAUGACGGGCGGCCUGGACCUAAGUUUUAGCUUCCCCGAAAUGGUAAGAUUCCCUACCCCCAUCAGGUAACCUGGAGCCAGCCAAUCAAUAUGAGCCCAGUAAGAACAAAGGGAGAGCUGAAAAGCCCGCGAACGCCCAGGUUUGAAAAAAAGCCCGCGAAAGUCUGUACCAAUAGAAUUGCUUUGCAAACAUGUAACCAAUCCGCUUAAGCCAGCUACUAACCGCUUUUGCAUAUCUUAUAAAUUUGUGUAACAAGCUUGAGCUCGGCGCUUUCUGACCCUGCACCACUGUGAUGUUUGUGGCAGAAAGCCCUGGCUCGAGACAGUAAUAAACUUCCCUUUUUUGCGA